AUGGUGACGACACAAAUUGAAGUGACAAGUGCCGUUGGGGCGAUUGCGAUCAAUGGGUACGCUAUGGCGACUUCGACGACUUUAUCGGGGGCGGAAAGCUCAAGAAAUUCGUCCGUUGGGUUAUCGUCUGAAGCAAAGAGUGCCAUUGGGGCUGGCAUUGGUGUGGGAACAGUUGCAGUGAUUGCGAUUGCUGCUGCGACAUGCUUCUUCAUUCGAGGACGGAAGGCAAAAGCGAAGACGAAGCAAUCUGCAGAGCUUGACACAUCGGAGGGCCCCUCAGAAUUGUAUUCACGUAAUAUGGCUACUGAGUUGGGGGAUAAGUUGACAGCGCCUGAGUUGGACGGGAGAGAAAAUGCGAAGUCACCGGCUGAGUUGCCAGAUAAUAGGGCGCCGGUUGAGAUGGAAUGA